AUGAGCACAACCCACCGCCAGCUUGCCCUUUCCCACGGCGACAUAGAACACACGAUUUUGGUGCCCACACCGCUAUUUUUCAAGUACUCCCAGUUGAAAGAGCAGUUUGUCAAGACGUUGCCGGUUGCAACUGAAGGAUUCGCCUCCGACGAUGAGCCUGCCUCUCCUGCCGAGUUGUUUGCCAAAUUUGUAGGCUUCACUGCCUCUUUGGUUGAUCCCGCUGCUUCGGGAGAGUUUGACGAGAUCUUGCCUGCUGUCUUGCAAGAAUUCCAACUGAGAUUCUUCCCCAACUCAGAUAUUCACAGCUUCGCUGCCCAAUUGCUUGCCGAUGAGACAUACCCAACAACUGCUGCAAAGUCCAGAGAGGUGAUCAAACACUACUUUGAUGCUGUGAUGGCCUCCAAGACGCCUAUUCCAAGGCAGCUGUCGGACUUGAUCCAAAGCUCUGCCCAACGUGUAGCCAAGACAGUGGCCAUUUUUGGCGGCCAGGGUAAUACCGACGACUAUUUCGAGGAAUUGAGAGAGUUGAACUACAUGUACCACGGGCUUCUCUCCGACUUGCUUCAGAAAUUCGCCGCCAAAUUGACCCAGUUGGUCAAGUCCACUUCAAACGUCGACAAGAUCUACACCCAGGGCUUCGACAUUUUGACCUGGUUGAACCACCCAGACCAGACCCCAGACCAGGAGUACUUGUUGAGUGUGCCAGUGUCGUGUCCCUUGAUCUGCGUGAUCCAGUUGUGUCACUAUGCUGUCACUUGCAAGACCUUGGGCAUCACGCCCGGUGAAUUCAGAGACGCCUUGGUCGGUGCUACAGGCCACUCUCAGGGUUUGGUCACUGCUGUGGCCAUUGCUUCUGCCGACUCGUGGGAGUCUUUUGUCGAGAACUCCAUUAAGGCCAUUUCCUUGUUGUUCUUCAUUGGUGCCAGAUGCUUGACCGCUUACCCUAGAACGUCUUUGCCUCCAACUAUGUUGCAGGACUCUUUGGAAAACGGCGAAGGAAGACCUUCCCCCAUGUUGUCUGUCAGGGACUUGUCCCUUUCAGAUGUCGAGAAGUUCAUCAAGCAGACCAACGCUCACUUGCCUUCAGAAAAGCAUGUGGCCAUUUCAUUGGUUAAUGGUGGUAGAAACAUGGUGGUUUCAGGUCCCCCAGAGUCUCUCUACGGUUUGAACUUGACCUUGAGAAACAACAAGGCUCCUUCCGGUUUGGACCAAGCCCGUGUCCCAUACUCUGAGCGUAAGAUGAAGUUUUCCAAUAGAUUCUUGCCAAUCUUCGCUCCUUUCCACUCCCACUUGUUGGAGCCAGCCACCGACAUGAUAUUGGCUGACGUUCAAAACGAGGGGUUGGUUUUUGCGUCUUUCGACAUCAAGAUUCCCGUCUACGACACAUACUCCGGUGAGAAUUUCCAGAACGCUAAAGGCGAUGUCAUCGACAGACUCGUCAAGUGCAUUACUGAGUUGCCUGUUCACUGGGAGGUUGCUACCAACUUCGACAGCACCCACUUGUUGGAUUUCGGCCCUGGUGGCGUUUCCGGCUUGGGUGUUUUGACCCACAGAAACAAAGAGGGCACUGGCUCUCGUGUCAUUAUCUCUGGUACCAUAGACACCAACCCUGACGACGAGUAUGGCUUCAAGCAGGAGAUCUUCAACAAAACCCGCAAUUCCAUCAAAUGGGCUCCAAACUGGUUGGACGAAUACAAGCCUAAAUUGGUGAAGACGAAGGCUGGAAAGGUUUACGUCGACACCAAAUUCUCCAGAUUGCUCGGCAGAGCUCCAUUGAUGGUUCCUGGUAUGACUCCAACCACUGUCAACACAGACAUUGUCUCUGCCACAAUCAACGCUGGCUACCACAUCGAGUUGGCUGGAGGUGGCUACUUUGAGCCCAACGGUAUGAAGAGAGCUUUGGCUGAGGUGGCUUCUAGAGUCACUCCAGGCUCCGGAAUCGGCAUCAACUUGAUCUACGUCAACCCUAGAAUGUUGCAGUGGGGUAUACCAUUGAUCAAGGAAUUGAGAUCCAAGGGCUUCCCUAUCCAGUCGUUGACCAUCGGUGCCGGUGUUCCUUCUUUGGAGGUUGCCACUGAGUACAUUGAAGAAUUGGGCUUGACCCACUUGGGCUUGAAGCCAGGCUCCAUCGACUCCAUCAAUCAGUCUAUUACCAUUGCUAAGGCUCAUCCAAACUUCCCAAUUGUUUUGCAGUGGACUGGCGGUAGAGGUGGUGGCCACCACUCUUACGAGGACUUCCACCAGCCUAUUUUGCAGAUGUACGCUAAGAUCAGAAAGUGCUCAAAUAUUGUCUUGGUUGCUGGAUCCGGUUUCGGCUCGGAUGAAGACACUUACCCCUACUUGACUGGUUCCUGGUCCAAGAGAUUCAACUACCCACCAAUGCCUUUUGACGGUGUCUUGUUCGGUUCUAGAGUUAUGACCGCUAAGGAGGCUCACACCUCGUUGGCAGCUAAGCAGGCUAUUUCUGAAUGUUCUGGUGUUGAUGACAGCAAAUGGGAAGCCACUUACAAAAAGCCUACCGGUGGUAUCGUUACCGUCAGAUCUGAAAUGGGUGAGCCAAUUCACAAGAUUGCCACCAGAGGUGUCAUGUUCUGGAAAGAGUUGGACGAGACAAUUUUCAACUUGCCUAAGAACAAGCUCUUGGAAGCCUUGACCAAAAAGAAGGACUACAUCAUCAACAAGUUGAACAAGGACUUCCAGAAGCCAUGGUUUGGCCGCAACACUCAGGGUGUUUGUGACUUGGAGGACAUGACCUACCAGGAAGUGGUCAACCGCAUGAUCGAGUUGAUGUACGUGAAGAAGUCUGAACGUUGGAUUGACGUCUCUUUGAGAAACUUCACCGGUGACUUCUUAAGAAGAGUCGAAGAAAGAUUCACUUCCAAGUCCGGCAAGGAAUCCUUGCUUCAGAACUACGCUCAGUUGCAGACUGCCCCUCAGAAAUUCAUUGACACCUUCUUCGACUCCUUCCCUACUGCUAAGACCCAGUUGAUCUCCGAGGAGGACUGUGACUACUUCUUGAUGUUGUGCGCUAGACCAACACAAAAACCUGCUCCUUUUGUUCCAGUGUUGGACGAGAGAUUCGAGUUCUUCUUCAAAAAGGACUCCUUGUGGCAGUCUGAGGACUUGGAGUCUGUUGUCGAUGAGGAUGUCCAGAGAACAUGUAUCCUUCACGGUCCUGUUGCUGCCCAAUUCACCAACAAGGUUAAUGAGCCAAUCAAGGACAUUUUGGACAACAUUCAUGAGGGUCACAUUGCUAGAUUGCUCAAGGAUGCUUACAGCGGUGACAGCUCCAAGAUUCCUGUUGUCGAAUACUUUGGUAAGGAGGCGUCGGGUCCGGUCGAAUCCGUCACUGGUGUCACCAUCGAGAAGACUGCUAACAAGACCGUUUACAGGAUUGGUUCUUCCGUGCCUGAUCAGAAGCAAUGGCUCGCAUUGUUGGCGGGCUCUGAAUUGAGCUGGUUGUAUGCUUUUAUUUCCAAUGAGAGAGUUGUUCAGGGCAUAAACCACGUUGCUAAUUCUGUCAAGGACGUUUUAGGUCCAGCUCCUAACAUGGAGGCCGUUAUUACAAACGCUGGCUCAGACAAGGCUAAUCUCUCGCUUUACGAGACCGUCCAGGGUGACUUCAAGAAGGUUGCUGAGAUUAAGAAAACCACCGAGGGCUUGAUCCAGAUGUCGUUGAUUGAACACAGAACUGCUGAUGGCAAGCCUGUUGAAUUACCUUUCCUCUACAAAUACGUACCAGAGGACGGUUUUGCUCCUAUUGUUGAGGUUAUGGAGGGCAGAAACGACAGAAUCAAGGAGUUCUAUUGGAAAUUGUGGUUCGGCUCCGAGGUGCCAGUGGACCUUGAUAUCAAUGUUAACCAGGCCAUUCCUGGUGACAACGUCACCAUCUCUGGUAAGGAUAUAUCUGAGUUCACCCACGCCAUUGGUAACACAUGCGAGGCCUUCAUUCCAAGACCUAACAAGCAGACCUUGGCCCCAAUGGAUUUCGCCAUUGUUGUGGGUUGGAAGGCCAUCAUGAAGGCAAUUUUCCCUAAGACAGUUGACGGUGACUUGUUGAAGUUGGUGCACUUGUCGAAUGGCUACAGAAUGAUUCCUGGCGCCGAACCAUUGAAGAAGGACGAUGUUGUUUCCUCUGAAGCUUUGAUCAAGGCUGUGUUGAACCAGCCUUCUGGUAAGAUGGUCGAGGUUGUUGGAACUAUCACCAGAGAAGGCAAGCCUGUCAUGGAGGUCACCUCUCAAUUCUUGUACCGUGGUGAGUAUGAGGACUUCGAAAACACUUUCCAAAAGGUCACAGAAGACCCAUUCCAAAUCGCGUUCAAGUCCGCUAAGGAUUUGGCCAUCUUGAGAUCCAAGGAAUGGUUUCACUUGGAGAAGGAUGUUGAGUUACUCAAUCAGAUUUUGACCUUCAGAUGCGAGUCAACCUACAAGUUCAAGGCCGCUAAUGUGUACUCGUCCAUCAAGACCGUUGGUAAGGUAUACUUGGAGUUGCCAACCAAGGAGGUUAUUCAGGUCGGCUCGAUCGAUUACGAGGCUGGCGUCUCUUACGGUAACCCAGUCAUUGACUACUUCUCGAGAAACGGUAACACCAUUGAGCAGGCUGUGAAAUUCGAGAACGCCAUUCCUCUUUCUUCAGGUGAGAAAUUGACCUCCAAGGCUCCCUCCACCAACGAGCCCUACGCCAAAGUGUCUGGUGACUACAACCCUAUCCACGUUUCCCGUGUGUUUGCAUCCUACGCUAAGUUGCCAGGCACUAUCACCCACGGCAUGUACUCUUCUGGCUCCAUCAGAUCCUUGGUGGAGCAGUGGGCUGCCAACAGUGUUGCCUCCAGAGUCAGAGCUUUCAAGGCUGACUUUGUUGGUAUGGUGUUGCCAAACGACACUCUCCAAACCUCUUUGGGGCAUAUUGGUAUGGUUAAUGGUCGUAAGAUUAUCAAGGUUGAAACCAGAAAUGUCGAGACCGACACCCCUGUGUUGAUGGGAGAGGCCGAGAUUGAGCAGCCAGUCACCACUUACGUCUUUACUGGCCAGGGAUCUCAGGAGCAAGGUAUGGGUAUGGACUUGUACAACUCCUCUGAAGUCGCUCGUGAGGUUUGGGACCGUGCCGACCGUCACUUCGUCGACAACUACGGCUUUUCCAUUCUUGACAUUGUCAAGAACAACCCUAACGAAUUGACUGUUCACUUCGGUGGUGCAAAGGGUAGAAGAAUUAGAGACAACUACAUCUCCAUGAUGUUCGAGACAAUUGGUGAAGACGGCGAGAUCAAGUCAGAGAAGAUCUUCAAGGACAUUGACCAUACCACCACUUCCUACACCUUCCUUUCUCCAACUGGUUUGUUGUCUGCAACGCAGUUCACUCAGCCCGCCUUGACUUUGAUGGAGAAGGCCUCUUACGAGGACAUUAAGUCCAAAGGAUUGGUUCCUUCAGAUGUUAUGUUCGCUGGUCACUCGCUUGGUGAGUACUCUGCUCUCUCUUCGUUAGCCAAUGUCAUGCCAAUUGAGUCGCUCGUCGACGUUGUCUUCUACAGAGGUAUGACCAUGCAAGUUGCAGUUCCAAGAGACGAGUUGGGCAGAUCCAACUAUGGUAUGUGCGCUGUGAACCCAACGAGAGUGAAUCCAAGCUUCAACGACGCUGCCUUGAGAUUUGUUGUGGAUGAAGUUGCCACCAAGACCGGCUGGUUGUUGGAAAUUGUUAACUACAACGUUGAGAACACCCAGUAUGUGACUGCUGGUGACUUGAGAGCAUUGGACACUUUGACCAACGUGUUGAAUGUCAUCAAGUUGAACAAGAUUGAUAUUGUGAAGUUGCAAGAGCAGAUGUCCUUAGAUGACGUUAAAAAACACUUGAAGGAGAUCAUUGACGAGGUUUCUGCUCAGUCGAUUGCCAAACCUCAGCCAAUUGAUUUGCAGAGGGGUUUUGCUGUAAUUCCAUUGAAGGGUAUUUCUGUGCCUUUCCACUCUUCAUACUUGAUGUCUGGUGUGAAGCCAUUCCAGAGAUUCUUGUGCAAGAAGAUUCCUAAAUCUUCUGUGAAGCCCAAGGAUUUGAUCAACAAGUACAUUCCGAAUUUGACUGCCAAGCCAUUCCAGAUCACCAAGGAGUACUUCGAGGAAGUCUACCAAUUGACCAAGUCAGAGAAACUUAAGAGCAUUCUUGACAACUGGGAGUCCUACGAGAAGGCUUGA